UUGCCCAGAUGACUACACAAAUAAUGGAGGAGAAGCGAUACUAGUCUGAUUUUUCCAAGUUAGAAAAAUAGUUUACAAUCGGAUAAGUUUCACGUUUUCUACCUGGUUACGAAUCGUAGCUGGGAUGCUGUGUCAGAAUGGGAAAUCUUUUUGGAAAAAAGAAACAAACCCGAGUGACAGAACAAGACAAAGCGAUUUUGCAACUGAAGUCGCAAAGAGAUAAACUGAGGCAGUAUCAGAAGAAGAUCAACCUGCAGCUGGAGAAGGAGAGGCUCUUAGCCAAGCAGCUGCUGAAAAAUGGCAAAAAAGAGAAAGCGCUCCUCUUACUGAAGAAGAAGCGCUACCAGGAUCAACUUCUAGACAAGACGGAGAACCAGAUCAGCAACCUGGAGCGCAUGGUUCAAGACCUGGAAUUUGCCCAGAUUGAAAGGAAAGUCAUCGAUGGGUUGAAAGUCGGAAAUGAAUGUCUGAAAAAAAUGCACGAGGUGAUGUCUGUUGAAGAAGUAGAGCGGAUUAUGGAUGAAACCCAGGACGCCAUUGAGUACCAAAGGCAAAUAGACGAGAUGCUGGCCGGCUCUUUAUCACAAGAAGAUGAGGAUGCUGUACUGGCUGAGCUGGAGGCCAUAACUCAGGGAGACGUCGAGCUUCCUGAGGUCCCCUCAGACGAGCUGCCAGAAGUCCCGGAGGCCCACGAGCGGAAACGAGAGAGGGAUCGUCCCAGAAAGAAGCCGGAGCGAGAGCUGCUGGCUGCGUAGGAACGUGACUGACCUCCGUCAGACGAGCUGCUGGAGCUUCUCCACGACACUCAAGUCCUGCAUAAAAUACAACCACACGAACAUUUGCUGCAGAGCUCUCUCUGCCCCGGAGGCCUGCGACAACGUGGCGGCAGUCGCUCUCAGAUGCUGGGCUUCCUCCAUAUCACCCGGCCGCCGUUUGUCCUCGUCUGCUGCGGGCCGACGGCUGAAGGCGGUCAGGACCGGUUCCCUGCACUGCCCUCCAUUCACCGGAGAAACGCCGACUAGAACCAUGAAGACCUGUGAGAUCACAUAACUGUGCCUAACCUUUGAGUGUUUGUUCUCUUUGUCCAUACAUUGAUUUAAAGCUGCAGUGCAGGACUUUUGAUUGUCCGAUACGUUGAAGCCCAAACGAGUUCACACGAAUCUGAUUAGGAGGUAGUAACCGUGGCGACAGAGUAGGCUCCUGUCGCCACCUGUACCUGUACGCUUAUGUCAUGAGCAUGUGUCUACAGUGUUUGUGUCAUUACUGUCUUUGCCAGAAGGGGGAGACAAAGGUUCUGCACUGCAGGUUUAACUUGAAUGCAUGUAUGUGACUCAUCGUAAAUCAUCCAAUCACCCCCAUGGAUCUCUAAAUAGAUACAGACUGUAGGAUCACAUCACCCAAACUACAAAAAGACGUUGUCCAAUCAUGUUUUUAUUUGACUUUGAGAUUUCUGCCUCAGUCCAGUGGAGUUCACUUUCAUUUCUGACGUAAAAAGUCAGCAGCAGCAUCUGAAAACACUGGAUGCUGCGCUGACCUGCGAGCAGUUUUUAGUGGAACUACUUUGCCAAAGUAGAAAUUUUUAAGAUCCGGCUGAAAUAAAGUUGAUUUUUCUCUCCUACAGCACAAUCUGUAAAAACACAAAAUUAGAAACCAAGAAGGAUAAAUUCAUGCUGUGUAUGUUUUGGUUUCAUGAUGGUGCCUGAUGAAGAUUUUCCAAAAAGACCUUUUUUCUUCUGGCUUUUAAUUUAAAAGCAAACUGUUGACUGUAAAUUUAAAAACCACAGUUGUCACUUUCAAAGGUCCAGUUUGUGAGAUUUAAAGGGAUCUAUUGGAAGAAAUGCAACCUAGUGUUCGUGAGUAUGUUCUCAUUAGUGACUCGAGGUGUUUUCAGCUGGUUGCAAUCUGCAGCCUCACCACUAGAUGCCACUAAAUGCUCCACGCUGGACCUUUAACUGCAAAAGGAGCGACUGAAUGUUACUUCAGUUGACAAAACCAGAACGAUCUGCGCUGACAGGCCGCAGAGGGACUGAGUGCUGAAGUGUUUUUCUUGUAGUUUACUGAGCUGACCCUUUCAGACAGGCCUGGUCCGCCUCAGCCGUCCCAGCUUGCGAGCUCUGCUUCCACACGUGGAAUCUGAGCCGCCCGGGAACUUUUGGAAAUUACCGAAACAUUUGAAUAAGCAUCUGUUUUGCAGAAUAGUCCCUCAGUCUGACCCCUUUCUAGCAGCUUAACUAAUCUAAUUCUGUGCUCCCCUCGUGGAUUAGCUCAGUGUCAUUGGAGAAAGGGCUAAUCAUAUCUGUGUGGGUUUACCUGUGAAGCCCAGACAACAGCUGUUAAUCUCUUCAAAGUAAUAACCUGACAGAACCUGGAUCUUUACCCUCUGAGCAUUAUCAACGCAGGGGCCUGUAAUUAUUUUACUGUGCAGCUCGUGCUCAUAUUCGCUUGUAUAGAUCUGCAUUAAAUUGCAGCGCGAGUGAUGACCUACAUUUGUGAGGCUUAAGCUUGUGCACCUUUGAAGGUCUAUGGAACUAAUCUGUAAAUCAGUUAAUCUCACAUACGGAAAACAAUGAUGACUAACGCUGUCGGGCUGCAGACGUCGUUUCAUCAACACUGCAUCAAACUGCUCGUCAUAAUAUUAGUUUGGAAAUUGUACCUCUGUGUAUUCUUUUUACAAUAAAAGUGUUUUUUUUUUAAUCAUCA